UUUGUCACAUUGAUAAACUUCCUUUGUGUGUUGAUCAAUAUGUCAUGGUCACUAUCAGGGAUGUGUUGGUGGUGAGGGCUGAUGUUGAACCACACUGACAGGUCACAUGACUCAUGGAUGUUGUUUAUUUUAGCUCCCCGGGCGCCUCCUCCCCUUCUCAUUUAAACCGACCUGAAGUCUGUCAAUCUCUCACAAAGUCCUCAGAGAGUGUGGUGCUCAUUAGUUUGGGAUCUCAGGUGUCCAGUCCAUCAUGACGCACAUCGCUCCUCUUCUCACCGUCAUUUUGGCAUCAUCCCUCCUGACAUGGACGGCUGCGCAAGCCUCGACGCUCUGCACCUGGACUAAAACUCUGCCCACCAAAGAAGUCCACUACAGUUUUCUCCGGAGCGACCCCCGGCUGUCCUCUCCAUCUCUGCGCCUCUAUCACAGCUCCUGGUCCGGGGAGCGCGCUCUGCUCAGCUGCGCUUGGAGCGAUGACGCAGCAGUGAUCCAGAACUAUCUGUCUCUGUGCCGGGAGCGCACAGACCAGUUUACCGAUCAUCCGCGCCAAAUGUUCGAUGUUGACUCCAUGUUUGUGGAAGAAGGUCUGUGCGUGUCUGUGGCUUCUCCGGGGGUCGGUGGGAGCGGGGAGCGCGCAGGGAAGAGGCCGGCGAGGAGCGUUGGUGGUCCCCCUGAGAGUCACCGAGGUGGAAGGUCAGAGGUCAGGACCCAUCAGCGCGUAAAGCGAGGCUUCAUCGUGCCAGGAACUCUGUGGUGCGGCUCUGGAAACAAGGCGCCGUCAUAUGCAGAUCUGGGAGUUUUUUCAGAAACAGACAGCUGUUGCCGUGAACACGACCAGUGCAAACACACCAUCCUGUCCUUCCAGUCCGAGUUCGGCGUCUUCAACAGCAACAUCUUCACCAUGUCUCACUGCGACUGCGACAACAAGUUUCACAGUUGUCUGACGGAGGCCAAAGACAGCAUUUCUAACGUCGUGGGUUACACCUUCUUUAACCUGCUGAAGAUGCACUGCUUUGAGUUCUCCCACCGACUCCAGUGUGCAGAGAGGAACUGGUUUGGAAUGUGUAAAGAGUACAAAAUGGCUCUAUAUGCUGAGGUCCAUCCACCGACACUGUACGAAUCUCCAUAUCCAACAGAGAACAGCUCCUUCAUAAACUCUACCAUACCCACAGAACCUCUGGAGAACAUCACCUCCAGCCCUCAGCUCUUCUCCAUCACCGCUGCAGCAUCCACAGUCCCUACACCUUCAACAAACUCCCCUUCUUCCUCCAUCAUGCGUGUUACCAAUGCUACCAUCUCAACAGUCCCAAUCGCACCACAGGGACCUACAAGACCAGUACCCGAGAGUGGGAACGAUCUGGAGGACACUUUACCCACCAGAAAGAGAGUUCUGCCUGAGCUGGAUGCUGACAGUGCAGAGAAGCAGCUGUCAUGUGCGGUCUACAAGGAUCUUGAUAAGUGCAGGAAUAAGAUCCUUCCCCAGCAGAGAAGAUAUGGCCUCCAGAACCAAGAGAGCACGACCAUGUACCACUGCAACUGCACCACCAGGUUAUUCCAGACUCUGGCUAAACAAAAACAACUGACCGAAGUACAGGCUCUUCUGCUGGGACGCGUGUCUCAGUCCUGCUUCCUGCUGCAGGACUGCACAGCAGGCAAGAUCUGUACAGCCGUUGUGGUGAAAGCAGAGAUUCCUGUGCUGGGCCAGAGGAGCGGUGCAGACGUGGAGGAGCAGCGCCAUCUACAGGCAAUCAGCAUGAAGGUCAGGAGGCCAAACAGCAGGAGAGCUAAGAGAAAAGACAGAGCUGUCAGGCUUCACAAACUGUGUCUGAGGAUGGUCCAACCUGAACUCAACAAGACCAGAAAACACGGUCGGGAUGUAAAUCAGACCACUGUAACACAAGGACAGCUCGUCUGAGAGUGAAUAUGAUGGAGGCUCAAGGGGUUCAAUAUUGAAUAGAUGAAUAACUACAGAUUAAAUAAAGAAGACUGAAAUAAUCCA